CACAGCUUGAGCAAAAUGAGGCAGACCAAACUCACUGUGGGCAGCCUUGGAUUGGGUCUGAUCAUCAUCCAGAAUGGGCCAUACCUCCAGAUUAGCCACCUCAUCAAGAAAGGGGCUGCAGCUGAUGAUGGGACACUCCAGCCAGGUGAUAUUCUGAUUAGUGUUGGCCAUGCCAAUGUGUUAGGAUAUACCCUUCGUGAAUUUUUAAAGCUUUUGCAAAAUAUCAUCAUAGGAACAGUUCUACAAAUCAAGGUUUACCGAGACUUUAUUGAUAUACCACAAGAAUGGCAAGAAGUAUAUGAUUUAAUCCCUGAGACCAAAUUUCCAGUACCACACAUAACGAAGAAAACAGAACAGUCAAAGGGUGAAUUUUUCAUGAGCAGUGAUGACGAAGAUGUUGUUUUAGAUAAAAGACUUAAAUAUUACAGAUAUCCUCGGUCAGUUUGGAAUUACCCUGUAAAGACACCAAUAUCUAUCUCCACAGAAUGGCAUGGAUAUAAAAAGAAGGACCACAUUAUUAGUGUUGGAAAAGAUAUUAACAGCGACGUAAUGAUUCACAGAGAUGACCAGAAGGAACUGAGGGCCCCUUCUCCAUACUGGACAAUGGUAGAGCAAGAAAAUGCCAUCUCCUCCUCUUCCUCCACUGCAGAGUCUUCCUCAGAUGCCUUCUGGCUGGAGGACUAUGCUCAAGUUGAAUAGGGUAAAGGUCAACCAGUACCAAAGGUUGCUAGUAGCAGUUGCAAAUCUAUGACCAUACAGUGUUUUUUAAAAAUACCCAAUUUUUAUACCUUACCAGGUAUAGCUUUUGCAGGAAUUUCUACACAAGUAUGUGUAGAAUUAGCAAUUCUUGUCUAUGAUUGUACAGAAAAGCCUUUAUAAUGAGAGCUAAAGACUUCCCUGAGGUCUCACAGGCCUCAUAAAUCUAUUCUCAAAAUAGCAUCAUAAAUCAGGUCAGCAAGACCCCCUUUCUAAGUAAGAAUUUCUCAUCAUUUACAAAAUGUAGAAAAGGAACCCAAUCAUAAGAGUGUCUGAACAUUUGCUUCUUAAUAAACAUUCCUCUUUAUAUAUUUUUUGGCUGACUGUUCACAUCAGGACCCCUGAGCCUACCUUUUCAGUCCUAUUUUAGUUGGAAUGCUGGACUGAUAGUUAAUGAUUUAAAGGAGACAUAAUUAAAACACAAAAAGAGACAGGAGAGGAACACUGCUACAAUGAAGGUAAAUGAGGCACACAAAUGAGGGAGCAGGCCUACAGCAGGUACACAGGAUGAGCCACAGGGAAUUUAUGCUGCCUAGAAAUAACUUCAUUGCAAAAAGGGGGUAAAAACAAGACCAUUCAACUGCUGUUACCCCAAAAUGAGAAAAUUUAAAUUUAGUAUCCUUAAAAAUCCAUCAAUAAUAAUCUCCAAUUUUUACCUUGAUAGUUAC